AUGGACCAAGAUCUGCAGAAGUUCAUCGCCAAGGUCAAGGAUGACCCCAUGAUGCCAAUUGGCACCAAGUGGCUGCAGCUCCAGAAGAAGCUCCAAGAGAAUGGUUUGAUGUACCAGCAGACCUUGAAGCCCACCCAGCUCUUGGAACAAACAGAGAUUAUGGCAUCCAUGGCCAGCGAUUAUGCCCACACCAAGGGCUUGAAGAAGGCCUUGCAGCUUGCACAGAGCACCAAACCCAAGUGCAUGCCUUAUAUUGCUGCCAUUGGCCAUUAUGUCCAGAAAAAUAAUGGUGGCACCAGCUUUGACACCAUUCAUGUGCUGGCCCAUGUGAGCAACGCCUUCACCAACACCUUGACCAUUGGGGAAGAUUUCAUGACCACCAUUGCCUUCAUGGAUUUCAAGGAGAAGUCCACCACUUUUCCAUGGUUUUUGGUCCGGUCCACACUCUAUGUCACCAAGAAGCAACACAAGUCCAGGGAUGACAUCCAAUUUGAAAUUUUGGGUGAGAUCAGCAGCAACUUUUCCCAAGAGCUUCAUGAUCUUCUCAAUGGCACCAACGCGGGAGCUCCCACCUCUUCUUCCACUGCAGAGCAAGAGGAGAGCCAUGAUGCCAAGUUGAUUGCCAAAAGGAAGUGGGGCAUGGAAGAGAACCAAUUUUACCACCAGAAAGGUGAUUUGAACACUGUUGCCAAAUUUGAGCACAUGCCAUUGUUUCCAACCAAAGAUGGCCAACCAUGGAAGAUGGAAGUAGAAUUCGAGGAAUUGAAAAAUGUCAAGAAGGCUGCCACUAAGCCACCACAGUUGCUUCUGAACCAAGCCAUGCAAGACCUUUUGCCAGAAAGCUUGGGCACUUUCCACCAAGACAAGUUGAAGGCAGAAGCCACCAUUGCCAUGACGCAGCUGUACCAUGAGAACCUGUUGCCAGAAGGCUCAGUGGCAGCUGCAGAAAGGUGUUUUGGUGGCAACAUGGAGGUCCACAUGACCAAGGCAGAGAAUGGCUUCCAAGUUCCAAUUCUCAGGAACAAUUCCAAAGUUGAGCCAGGAACAUUCUUGACCAUGCUUUGCUCAGAAGAUGAGAUGGCCAUUACCCGAAUGUGGUCCAUUUCUUGGAAUGGCUAUGCCACCACCAUUCCAGAAGAUUUGCUGAAGGAAUACCAAGAAUUGAAGACCAAAAGGGAUGAUGCUUUGACCAAGUCCCUGAUGCCUACGCCAGAUGAAGAAGGCUUAGGCAAUGAGAAUGCCAAGAAGCAGAAGCCAGCCACGCAAACCAUGGACAUGGUUGUGCAGAUUGAUGUGGGUGGCACCAUGGUGCAUUGCCUUUGCCCCAAAUCAAGGGGCACCAACAAUGAGCUCAUGGUUGAAAUGGACAUGUGCCAGCUCAAUGGAAUCUUCCAGCACUUGCAGCCAGACACCCAAGAGAUCACCUUGCAGUCACCCAAGAAAAUCAAGAAAAGGAAGAGAGACCAAGUGCCACCAAAGGGCCAUGGAGCUGCACCAGAAGGAUGA